UGUUCAAAUCUUUAUAAAUGUCCUCCAGUCCACUGUCCAUUCACUUCUUGCUUAACUACAAUAUUCAAAAUGUCAACACCUCACCACCUUCGUUUUACAAACAUCAUUCUCCUUCUGUUCCUCUCCGCAACCUUAACAUCUUUGGCAACAACCACUUCCAUUCCACAAGAGCUUCUCAAAGGCUUCUCCACAGUUCCACUCUCUACAUCAACAUCGUUUCAACCCGUUCUAACCGACAGAACCGGAAACUUCUCUCUCGGGUUCCUGCGCCAGAACCAAAACGACCUACAACUAGUCGUCGUUCACACACCUUCCUCCGAACCACUAUGGGUCGCCAACCCAACCCAAUCCGCAUCAUGGGCCGACACCACGCGCCUCUUCUUCAACGGCAGCCUAGUUUUAUGGGACUCCCAAAGAAGCAUCACGUGGUCGACAAACACUGACGGAGACCGCGUGGUGCUUCUCAACACCUCGAACCUUCAAAUUCAAAACAAAGCAACCACCAAAACUCCACUAUGGGAAAGUUUCAACUUUCCCACAAACACUCUCGUUCAAGAUCAAAACUUCACCACCAACAUGACUCUAGUAUCGCCUAACCGUCUAUACUCUUUACGGUUAGGUGAUAAUUUCAUGGGUUUAUACGAAAUUAACUCCGAAGAAGAACAAGGAAGGUCGUUAUCAAAACGGUUAUUUCUGUUAUACUGGAAACACACAGCACUACAAGCAAAAGCUAGAGUAGUAACCGGUGCGGGACCCAUUUCCGCUAGAGUAAGCACAGAGGGUUAUAUCGGAAUGUAUCAAACAAGUUCUAAACCCAUUGACGUUCAGAAAUUCAACAGCUUCCAACAAACAUCAUCGACGUCGUUUCUCUUGGUCCGGUUAGAAUCCGACGGGAAUCUCAAAGGGUAUUAUUGGGAUUCAACAAAGUCCGCCUGGCUAUUAAACUAUCAAGCUAUAACAGAAACCUGCGAGCUUCCGAAUCCAUGCGGUUCGUAUGGUUUGUGUACGCCGGGUGAGUCUAGUUGUUCUUGUUUAGAUAACCAAACCCGGUUUGAACCGGGUGGGUGUUUCAAUGGCAGUGGUGGUGAAGAUGGUGAAUUAUGCGGUGUGAAUGGAAUUGGCGGAGAGAAAAAUUACAUGAUUCUGAGAAGGAACGGCGUGGAGCCACCGCAUAAGGCGUUACUGGAGGAAGUAACAACGUUAUCUUUGGAGGAAUGUGAAGGUUUAUGCGAGAAAAACUGUAGAUGUUGGGGAGCGUUGUAUAAUAACCAAACCGGGUUUUGUUACGUUCUGGAUUAUCAAAUAGGAACAAUGUUGGGUACUGGAGAUGAGUCAAAAGUGGGUUAUUUUAAGGUGAGGAAAGGUGCACGGAAGAGGAAUAGGGUUGGGGUUAUAAUUGGAAUUGUCGUUGCGGUUUUAGUUGGGGUUAUUGUUACUGGGGGUGUGAUAUGUGUGAUGAGGUGGAGAAAGAAAAAAGCGAAUCCAAAGGAGGAAGAUAAUUGGGCUUCGCCCGGCCCAUAUAAGAACCUCGGAUCCGAAAGUUUUAGUUCAAUUGAAAUGUCGGGUAGUGCGCAAUAAAGAAAUAAGAAUGUGACGUAAGGGGUGACGUAUUUGAAAGGUUGACAUAGAGAUUUUGAAUUGAUUAUGGCCAUUUAGGUAUAGUGGGAUGGGGUCUAUGUAAUCUAAAAUGGCUGUAGUGGUAGGUGCACUUUAGCACGUGAUGCGACCUUGUUCCGUUUUCUACUAAGGAAAUUGAAUCCUUAUCGAAGAUUUUGGCUAUAAUGGAUGAGUUUGGGUGAAGUUGAACCAAUUUUGAGUUGGUGAGAGUUAGUUUAAUUUGUUGUAUAUUCUGACUCACCAAGUGGAGAAACAAGUGGGUGUGGUUUGGAGUGGUGGAUGAAGUUGAACCAAGUUUGAUUUGGUGUCGGGCAUGCUAUUUUAUUUUGCAAUUUGCAUUCAAGUGUGGUUGACUUUAAAACGGCGGCCGCAAGUUGGUUGCAAAUGGGGCACGGGUGUUAAGGGUAUCUUUGUAGAGUAUAAUCUGUGUGACAAGAUCUAUUCCUACCUUUUAUUUAGAUUGUAUUUUUUCAAGUUACAUUAUAAAUUUGUUUAUCCUAUUUUCAAA